AUGGCCAACUCCAACUCAUCGAGCUCUGCAUCCGACCGCUCCGCUAAUCGCGGCUCAGCCCCUGCCCCACCUAGUCUUCGAAGCAUUGCCUACGCGCUCUUCUGUCACGUCGUCGCAGCAGAGCACGAGAAGUACUACGAGUGGUUCAACGCCUGCCCUUCUGCUCCAUGGCACCUCAACGAGAGCGGACAGUGGGUCUCCACCGCCACCGAGGUCAAGAAGAAAUGGUCCGACCACUAUACCAAGAUAACCCAUGGCAGGGAACUCUGGUGGGACUGUGCUACUGACCCGGAGAUCCUCGACGCCAUUGACAAGAGUCGCCCUGUAGUCCGCCCAAGUUCCUUCUUUGACCCCUUUGGAAACGACCCCUUCCCCAACUUACCGGGAAACACGGUACCCCUCACACAUCCCGAGAUCAGCAACCUUUGGUGCGGUCAUCCUGAUCUUACUAUGACCUUGGGAUCGCGCAAAUCCCCGACUCCUGGUCUAUCUGCGGAUUGGGUCGCCCCCGGUGCUUUCACCAGUGCCGAUAUGGACGCACUCAUGGCUGAUCUUCCGUACCUGGACGGUCUUGGAAACAAGCAUGACCAUAUCACUCCGGAGUUCUUCAAAUCUAUCCUUGAUGGUCUGAACCCGUUGGAGGCCAAUGUACGAGAGCUCAUCCGUCAGGAUGAAGAAUUCCAUGCCAAGUUCACCUGA